AUAGUUUCACAAUGGAGAGAUGCUCUUUUGAUGGGAUGAUGAGUUCGCCUCUUUCCUCUGAGAGCCGCUGGGUCGCACUGGGAGGGCUACUUAAUUUCUCCACUUUCUAAGCCAGUCUCAAAGUCUGUGUGUGCACUUCAGAGAAGAUGUGCUGGUAAAGAGUAUUCCUCAAUGGUUAGCGCACUCUACCAGGGAAAUCACAGAACCUGCCCCAGUCCCUGACUAAUAGAUUGGUUGUAGAAACAUCUUUGCCGUCCUCCUCCUCCUCAUUAGCAUCAGCUCAGUUACUUUCGUUUCUCCGUUUUAUCCCCCACACGACAGUCUGAGAAGCUGCCCCUGGCCUCCAGCUUACAGUUGGGAACGAGAGAAGGUGACACACGGAGCCCUUAGAGAACGAGCCUGGUGACCGCGGCCCAUUGACUCGGCUGAUGAAGUGACUGAGAAGCCCCCUUUGAAGCCCUGAAGAUGGAGCAGCCCGAGGCCGGAGAGCCGGCGCCGCCCCAAGGGGAUGGGGAAAAAGAGCCCGCCAAAGCCCACCCAUACUCGGUGGAGACGCCCUACGGCUUCCACCUGGACCUGGACUUCCUGAAGUACGUGGACGACAUCGAGAAGGGGAACACCAUGAAGAGGAUCCACGUCCGCAGGAAGGCCAAGCAGCCCAAGUUCAGCACCCUGCCCCGCAACUUCAGCCUCCCCGACAGCGGGGCCAGGCCCCCCGCGGCCCCCGCCCCCCAGGCCCUGGGCCUGCCCGCCAAGGGGCCCGAGGAGCUCCCCGGGGACCAGCCCGCGGCCGGCGGGGGGGAGGUCAGCUACAGGAGGAGGGUGCUGCUGGCCGAGACCAUCCGCCAGGCGGAGGCCGCGGAGGCCGAGCCGGACGGCGAGCGGGGGCGGCCCCAGCUGCUGAGGGCCUCCAGCAUGCCCGUGACCCUGCUGCAGGCCAAGGCCUCCGACGAGCAGAGCCCCGGCUGCGCCCUCCCUGAGCCCCUGCCUCUCCCGCAGACCCCGGAGGAAGGCGGUUUCUCAGAGGGGGCCUUUGGCCCCGCGGAGGGGUUUUCAGACCCCCACGGCCGCGGCCCGCUAGCCUCCACUCAGCCCCAAGCGAAGGAGCUGGCGGGUCUGAGGCCGGGAGUUCCCGACCUUGUCCGGGAUAGACCCGAGCACCGGGACCGGGAGGAAGAGCCGGAGGACCACAUCUGCCCCCCGAGCCAGGGCCCCUUUCCCCAGGACCUGCCCGUAGUUCUGGAGAGCACGGAGGAGGAGCUAAAGGCGCCGGAGGCGGAGCUGGCGGCCACGCCGGGCACCCCGACCCCAAGCCCCCCGCCUCUCCCGUCACCCAUCCCAGAAAACGGAUUCCCCCCUGAAAUAGAACUGAACAUCAGUGAAAUCCCGCCUCCGCCUCCCGUGGAGAUGGACGUCAGGAGCAUCGGGGUCAGGGUGACCGAGGAGAGCCUGGGCCUGGAGCCUCGGCCCUCGGAGGCCGCCGGAGCCGACGGGGCGUCCGCCCUCAAGCAGCAGAUCGCCGCCCUGGAAGGGGAACUGUCUGAGCGGACAGCGGAGCUGGAGCGGGCCAGGGCGGCCCUUCGGCAGCAGGGGGAGGAGCUGAGGAGCAAGGAGCUCAGCAUUCGGGAGCUGGUGGGCGCCGUGGCCCGGCUGGAAGGCCGGCUGAGCCCCGGGAGGGCCCCCGGCAGCCGCAGCGAUGCCGCCGUCAACACCGACCCGGUCGGCGAGGCGUGUGACAAGGGCGUGCUGGCCCAGCUGCCCGUCCCGACGGAAGCCGGGCCCCCCCUGGAAGGCUCACCCCGAGAGCUCCUGCCCCAGGAGCCCGGCGCCUCCCCCAGGCCCAACCACAGCUAUCUCUCCACCGAGCUCAGGAUCGAAGAGCAGGAUAUGGAGCAGGAGGGCGGCCCCCAGGAGGGCGCCGGGGGAGGCGCGGGGGGCUCCCCCUCCAGCCUGGGCACCGAGGGCUCCUCCCCGGGCACCGAGCCGCGAAGCUCCCCCCCCGACAUCACCAUUGGCCAGUACGUGAAGAAGAUCCAAGAGCUCCUGCACGAGCAGUGGACCUGCCUGGAGCACGGCUACCCCGAGCUGGCCAACGCCAUCAAGCAGCCCGCCUCCAAGCUCAGCUCCAUCCAGAGCCAGCUCGUCAGCUCCCUCAACCUGCUGCUGUCGGCCUAUUCGGCGCAGUCGCCGCCGGAGCAGGAGGGCGCCAGCAGCGGACCCCCGCCCCCGGAGAUCUCCCCGUCGACAAGCCUUAAGUCCAUAAUGAAAAAGCGAGACUAUGGCUUCCGUGCAGGAGGUAAUGGGACCAAAAAGAACCUUCAGUUUGUUGGGGUUAACGGUGGCUAUGAGACGACCUCCAGCGAGGAGACCAGUGGCGAAGACAGCGCCUCAGAGGGCUGUUCUGACAGCGAAGCGGACAAGAAGGGGGCUGGCCCAGAACGCAAGCCGGGCAGAGCUGCAGAGCAGAGCCAGCAGACGGGUCCGGGCGCGGGGGAGGACCCCCGGAGCAUGGGCCGGGAGAGCAGCACCGGCGGGGGUGAAGUCGCUGCAGCUGGGACUCAUCACAAGUCUGAGAGAUAUAAGCCCUCAGAAGAAUUUCUGUCUGGAUGCCAUCUGUUGAGCAGACAUCUGCCUGAAGUUUGGAGCACCACUGACCAGCAAUUGAGGCAGAGCUUGAAUGCCGUCAGCCAAGAGUGGUUCCGCGUCUCAAGUCGCAAGUCGUCCAGCCCCUCGAUUGUCGCAGCCUAUCUCAGGGAGUUCCAGCCCGGUGACCCCGACUUCCUGAAGCUGCUCGUCAACCUGGCAGAUGACAACGGGAACACGGCUCUUCACUACAGCGUCUCCCACUCCAACUUCCCCAUCGUUAAACUGCUGCUCGAGACAGGUGUGUGUGACGUGGACCGCCAGAACAAGGCUGGGUACACGGCGGUGAUGAUCACCCCCCUGGCCUCUGCAGAGACAGAUGAAGACAUGGACGUGGUCGGGAAACUGCUGAAGCAAGGAAAUGUGAACAUUCAGGCGGCUCAGGGAGGUCAGACCGCGCUGAUGCUGGGCGUGAGCCACGACCGGGGGGACAUGGUGAAGGCCCUGCUGACCUGUCGCGCCGACGUCAACCUUCAGGACCACGACGGGACGACGGCCCUCAUGGUGGCCGCUCGCCACGGCCACGCGGACAUGGUGAAGCUCCUCCUCGCUCAUCCGGGCUGUGACGCCGCACUGACCGACAAGGCUGGCCACACGGCCUUGUCCAUGGCCUUGACGUCACCAGCCCACGGGGAAAUUGCUGAACUCUUGUGGGCCCACGCAGAGCAAGGCAGGUCCCUCGGGCCAUAGAAGAGUUCCAGAGAAGCCGGCGCCCCCAAACAAAAGGAUCGUUGUGGUACUCCUCCGGCCCGGCCGUGGGGGGUGGGGAGGGGGCACAGGGAUGACCCCUUCCCCGGCUUCUCGGGAGAACUAUGUCAGAUAUGCCUCCCCAUCCCUGAUGUAUCGUUCCGCUUCUAGGGCGCUUUGCAGCCUUCCCAAAGCCCGGCCCCCUGGAGGGCGGGGGCUGCCGGGCACCCAGAGGGCCGCGCUCUGUUAUUUUUUUUAACCUGUGACUAUUUACUCUGUACCCCUUAUUAGCACAAAGGAUCCCCAAGGCAAGCCGCAGGAGCACAUUAGCAAAGCAAUACUUUUUACAUGAAAAUGAAAGAAA